AUGGAGGUGGACGUGGACGUGGACGUGGACAUGGAGGUGGACGUGGACGUGGACGUGGACGUGGACAUGGACGUGGACAUGGACGUGGACGUGGACGUGGACAUGGACGUAGACGUGGACGUGGAGUGGACGUGGAGUGGACGUGGACGUGGACAUGGACGUGGACGUGGACGUAGACGUGGACGUGGACGUGGACGUGGACGUGGACGUGGACGUGGAGGUGGACGUGGACGUGGAGAACUUGGACGUGGACAUGGACGUGAACGUGGACCUGGACGUGGACAUGGACGUCGACGUGGACGUGGACGUGGACGUGGACGUGGACGUGGAGGUGGACGUGGACGUGGAGGUGGACGUGGAGUGGACGUGGACGUGGACGUGGACGUGGACGUGGACGUGGACGUGGACGUGGACGUGGACAUGGACGUGGACGUGGACGUGGACAUGGACGUGGACGUGGACGUGGAACAUGGACGUGGACAUGGACGUGGACGUGGACGUGGACGUGGACAUGGAGAACUUGGACGUGGACCUGGACGUGGACGUGGACCUGGACGUGGACAUGGACGUGGACGUGGACGUGGACGUGGACGUGGACGUGGACGUGGACGUGGACGUGGAGUGGACGUGGACGUGGACGUGGACGUGGACGUGGACGUGGACGUGGACGUGGACAUGGACGUGGACAUGGACGUGGACGUGGACGUGGACGUGGACAUGGACGUGGACGUAGACGUAGACGUUGACGUGGACGUGGACAUGGACGUGGACGUGGACGUGGACGUGGAGGACGUGGACGUGGACGUGGACGUGGACGUGGACGUAGACGUGGAGAACUUGGACGUGGACAUAGACGUGAACGUGGACGUGGACGUGGACGUGGACUUGGACGUGGACAUGGACGUGGACGUGGAGUGGACGUGGACGUGGACGUGGACAUGGACGUGGACGUGGACGUGGAGGUGGACGUGGACGUGGACGUGGACAUGGAGGUGGACAUGGACGUGGACGUGGACGUGGACGUGGACAUGGACGUGGACAUGGACGUGGACGUGGACGUGGACGUGGACGUGGAGUGGACGUGGAGUGGACGUGGACGUGGACAUGGACGUGGACGUGGACGUGGACGUGGACGUGGACGUGGACGUCGACGUGGACGUGGACGUGGACGUGGACGUGGACGUGGACGUGGAGGACGUGGAUGUGGACGUGGACGUGGAGAACUUGGACGUGGACAUGGACGUGAACGUGGACGUGGACGUGGACGUGGAGGACUUGGACGUGGACAUGGACGUGGACGUGGACGUGGACAUGGACGUGGACGUGGACAUGGACGUGGACGUGGACGUGGACGUGGACGUGGACCUGGACAUGGACGUGGACGUGGACGUGGACGUGGACAUGGACGUGGACGUGGACAUGGUCGUGGACGUGGACGUGGACGUGGACGUGGACAUGGACGUGGACGUGAACAAGACGUGGACGUGA